AUGGACCAAGGAAAUUAUUCUAGAGUGACUGAGUUUGUGUUGCUGGGACUAUCCAGUUCCUGGGAGCUCCAGUAUUUCUUCUUUGUGUUGUUUAACUUCUUAUACAUCACCAUUGUGCUGGGCAACCUCCUUAUUGUCCUCACAGUGAUUUCUGAACCUUCCCUGCACACACCCAUGUACAUCAUGCUCAGUAACCUUUCUGUUCUUGAUGUGUUUCUUGCCACAUACGCAACCCCUAAGAUGAUCCAUGACUUCCUUAAUGAAUCUAAGACCAUCUCGUUUGAGGGUUGCAUGGCCCAGAUAUUCUUGCUCCAUGUCUUUGCUGGUGGGGAGAUGGUGCUCCUUGUAGCCAUGGCCUAUGACAGGUAUGUAGCCAUUUGCAAACCCCUCCACUAUACAACCAUCAUGAACCCAUGCAAGUGUACAGGCCUGGUGGUAGGCUCGUGGGUCAUUGGAGUCUUGCAUUCCUUGAGUCAGUUAGCUUUCACUGUAAACUUGCCCUUCUGUGGCCCAAACAUAGUUGAUAGUUACUAUUGUGACCUGACUCUGGUCAUCAAACUGGCCUGCACAGACACAUAUGUCCCUGAAGUGUUGAUGCUUUUGGACAGUGGUCUCAUGGGGGUCACUUCGUUCUUGCUCUUACUGAUCUCCUACACGGUCAUCCUAGUGACUGUGCGGCGCCACUCCUCAGCGGGCACAGCAAAGGCCCGCAGCACCCUGACUGCCCACAUCACUGUGGUGACCCUCUUUUUUGGGCCCUGUAUCUUCAUCUAUGCCUGGCCUUUUGGCAACUUUCCAGUGGAUAAAGUUCUUUCUGUGUUCUCUACGGUUUUCACACCUAUAUUGAACCCUGUUAUCUAUACGCUGAGAAACAAAGAAGUGAAAUCAGCAAUGCAUAAACUGAAGGCCCGGUAUGUCAGUUCCAGGCUGCUUUCCCAGAAGUCUCGCACAAGAGUGGAUUUGUUGAAUUGA